AUGUUAAGAUCCAUUAAUAGACAAGCAAUCAUAAGGUUAUGCCCAUUGCCAUACACCAUUGCAUCACCAUCCAAGGCCGCUACAUCUUUACUUUUCAAAAAUUUACACCAUUUCCACAACUCAUCCGUUGACCUAAACCAAAAUGAAUUGAAUCUAAAAAAAACAGUCAACAAUUCUAUUGAUGAUAUUAGCGAGUCAUCAUCAUCUGAUGAGAAAAAAAGCAAAAGAACAACAAAGAAUGAAAAUAUUAUUGAUAGUAAUGGUGAUUUUAAUGCUGAAUUAGUUAAGGAACAGAAAUUUUUUUCAGAAAUUUUUAACCAUGUAACACGUAAGACUCAAUUGAAAGAGAAAAACAUUAAUAAUUUUUUACAUGAAUUAUCAGGGAUGAAGCAAGACUUGGAGAAUGAAGAACAAGAAAUUCUUACUCGAGAAAACAAUUCUGAGUUCCAAAUACCACGUUUUGAAACAAAGUUAUCAAAUAAAUGCUUUGAAGGAAAUACAGGCAAAUCUGACCCAAUUUCUAUGUCUACAGUGCCAGCAAAAAAAAGUAACAACAUUGCUUCUAAAAGUUUCCUCACCUGUAAUACUAAUGCUGAUGACAAUACCAAAGCGGAUAGGUAUACAGCUGUUUUGGGGAAUAUACCUGAAAAUGUUGAUUUACCACUAACAUUAACCCUAGAUAGCACUUUUUCAAAUACAGUUAUUGAAAACGAUGAAAAUAACGAAAAUAAAAAUACCAUAGAUACCAGCACUUUGACUUUAGAUGAUAUAUUUCCAGAUAUAGCCUUAUCGUCAAGAUAUUCGAUUGAUGCAAUUAAAAAUUUGGAUCUAAAAAUUAACAGCAAAACCUUGGAAGCUCUAAAAAAUAAAAUUGAAUUGGAGGCCAGAUUGGAGAAAGAAUUAUUGCCUUAUUUAGACAACCUAAACAAGAGUAUUGAUACAGAUGCAGAUAUUAUAAAGUUGAUUAGUAAAUACUUGGUUUAUUUCAGAAAUUAUUUGCAGAAUGAAAACAAUAAUAGACAAAACAUAAUUAACCAGUUGAAAACUAAAUCCAUAUUUGAAAUAGUUAGAGAAAAUCUAGAAGAAGGCGAUGGUAGCAACAUUGCACAUAUCCCCCAGCCCUACGAAAUCACUAUACCAUUUGUGAUUAAGCAUUUAAUGACUAAUUCCAAUUACGAUUUUGUCCCAUUACAACGCAAGUAUGGGAUAUUAUCUUGGAUACAUCAUAUUUCCAAGAAUUAUGAAAAGAACAUAACUUUGUAUUUAUCCUGUUGCAAUACAGAUUUUUAUAACUUAUUAAUAGAUUAUACAUGGAGGAAUUAUAAAGAAAUUAGGCUAGUUUCUGAAUUAUGUGAAGAAAUGAAGUUUAACGGUGUUCCAGGAGAUUUAUAUACAUUGACUGUUUUAGAUAAGAUAGUUAGGGAGAUGCGAAAUGAAGAGCAACAAUAUAGCGAACAGAAGGCUAUGAAUGAUGAUUAUUUAAGUACUGAAUUAAACGUUCUUUGGAAUAAGGCUAAUGGUGCAAGUGUGUAUAGAAUUGAGAGGUAUUCAAAUGCACUAAAGGCGUCAUUGGUAUAG